CCGCCUUCGUAUCGCGAGUCUGACGCACUGGUCGAUGCUGAAGAUGUCAUACACCCACCAGAUCCGACUGCCGGCUUUGCCCACUUAGAUCUUGAUGCGCAUAAGGUCAGCGGAGUUCCAACCGAGGCCGAAUGCAUCGCUCAUCUCAAGUUCCUCGAAUCCCUUUACCGGCUUCGUCAGAACAUCGCUUCCAGCGACGGUUUAUUCGGAGUCACAAAUGAGUUCAUCGUUGGUGCCGAUAUAUCCGACAGCGACAAAGCAGAACUGCUUGCCAAGAUUGGCGAGAAGCGCUGGGCAAUAUUCGUCACCCGGGCGGUCGAUCGCUUCAGCACGUGGUGGAAUCAAAUUCUGGGACCGCUCAGUGAUGCUUGCACGACAGAGCGCGUUCAGAAUGACCUCGGACUACGAUUGAGCGACAGACUUGGUGCUCCUUCGAUCAGCAUCGCGGCCGAAACACUGCCUCCGCUAGACGUCCUCAUGGUCUGGCACUCUUACAUGCUGAAUCCUCGAGACUACCUGGAGGACUGCUUACGUCACAAUAAGAUGGCUCUCUGGCACACUCGCUUGCCUUGGAAAACAAUCUCCUCCGCCAUUAAUCCUACUACGUUCGAAUUCGCGGCAGACCCUGCGGCAGAGCUCUAUUUCCAGGCCUACACCGGACUGAACUGGGACCCAUUGUCAACACAUGAUGUAGCAUCUUCACUCGACCACACCCUCUCCAACGGUGAUGGCUAUUGCGACAGGAAUUUCUGGACAGCAUGUCGGGAAUGUAACACUUCCAUAGAUCAUGAACGCCUCGAAGUAGCCAAAUUCAAGGACGAUGUCCAUGAGCUACGCUUCCAAGACAAACCCAUGGCUGGCACUGUGCUUGGGGUCAAUGGCAUCCCGUUGAGGACCUACGGCAUCGACGACAUGACGACACUCCAUUUUGUGAAAGCGCCGAACGCAGUGUGCAGACACAACUUUGUUAGAAGACGCAUUUUCGAUCCUGACGUUCAAUUGAAAUCUCUUCAAGACGUUCGGACCAUCAUCGACAAAGCUUGCACAGAUGCGGCUGUUCUGGCCUCAUUCCAAGAAGGUCGAGUUCGAACGAUGUGGCGGCUGGAGAAAGUCGCUAUCAGGCGGAUGAUGUCUAGAUACUGGAACAACAGCUCCCCAUUCGCUCUGGAUUUGGUGGGUGCGGUCGUCCGGCAGGGCGCAUUCAUUUCGAAGAUGCACCAGAUCGAUUGGCUUCACUCGCCGGCAGUCAAAACAACCGCCAAGAGAAUCGUGGUCAAAUACCAACGCUUCAUGAUGCUCAUCAUGAGGAACAAAGGCAAGAUGGCGGUUCCAACCUUGGAUGUAGAUCUGGCAUGGCACACCCACCAGCUUUCCCCAGCCAGAUACAUGGCUUAUACGGUGCAGGGAAAUGGCACAUUGAUCGAUCACGAUGAUAAAAUCUCCGAAGCGAGACUGAACGAUCAGUUCGCCUGGACGAGUUCGGCUUAUCAGAGAAUGUUUGAUGAGCCCUAUUCGGAAUGCACCUGUUGGUACUGCGAGGCGGUACGGGAGAGCCACACACAUGGCCUCUCCAGGCUCUUCAAUCAUCGAGCUGUCAAAGCCAACGAAAGCCUCCAUCUUGCAUCGUCAGAAGCGGACCCCAGCAAGAGCGUCCACGUUUCAACCCACAACGUCGUCCGUCCCACCGGCGAUGAUCCCGCAUACUCCCUCUAUUCCAAGGCGCAGACGGACAACUUGGAAUAUCACUACCAGCGAGCUUGUGAGCGUGCCAGGAAGAAAGGUCGGCCUCCACCCAAGCGUUCCGACUAUUACUACUCAGAUGCAUAUGGCUACCCUGUGUAUAUCCCCGCCAUCGGUUACCUGCCAUACUACCCAGCUUACUACCCCGUCACGCCUGGCUGUGCGACGCUCGACGCCGGCGCCGCAGGAAACUGUUGUGCUGGGAUGUGUGGUAACGCUCAGAUGGUUGGAUCGGCUCCGGUUGGGGGCGGAUGUGGCACCGGCGGUGGUUGCAGCAAUGGUGGUUCAUGUGGUAGUGGAGGCGGGGGAGGAGACAGCGGUGGAGGCGGAGGUGGAGGCGGAGGCUGCGGAGGAGGCGGUGGAGGUUGUGGA